AAAAGUAUAGUCUUUAGGACAGGCAGGGUGAUGGUGGGUUACAGUCAGUGAUGUGCAGAAAUCCUCUCCCAGUGGUGAAGCUCUGUCAGUUAUGUAACAGAGCUUACAGGCUCAGCAUCAGAGCAGGUGCAAACGGAAAAGUGCGUCCGUCAAAACAUGCAGGCAGACGGCAGGAGCAUCCCUGAUGAAUGAGGGAGGAGAGUGAAGGGAUGGGUUACUGCAUGGCUGGAAAAUGCUGCAGCAUCCGGCUGUCUCUCCUCUCUCCUGGUUACCAGCUGACCCCCCCUCCCUUCCUCCCUCUCCAUCCCUCCUCCUCCUCACAGUUUAAGUGCUGGGGCCUUGCUGUGAUGCUCUCAGUGUUGUAGCAGCAAAGAGAGGCGGGGCCAGAAGCAAGCGCACUCUCAGACUCUGACAUCCCGUCUCCUCUGCACACUCGCUGUGAGCACCGAGCAGCCAGUCGAGCCAGUUCUUGGAGCCGGGGAGCCCAGUCGUCUCGCCACCCACGAUGGAUGUACUCAUGAAGGGGUUCUCUAUGGCCAAGGAGGGGGUGGUGGCCGCUGCUGAAAAGACCAAAGCAGGCAUGGAGGAGGCAGCAGCCAAAACCAAGGAAGGGGUGAUGUAUGUAGGCAGUAAGACAAAGGAGGGAGUUGUCUCAUCAGUAAACACAGUGGCCAACAAGACUGUGGAUCAGGCUAACAUUGUAGGAGACACAGCGGUGGCGGGGGCCAACGAGGUGUCGCAGGCGACGGUGGAAGGUGUGGAGAACGUGGCGGCGUCAACCGGGAUGAUCAAUCAGGAGGAGCCUUUUUACGAGGGAGAGUAUGGAGGGAUGGAGCAGGGCGGAGAAGGAGGAGAGGGUUAUUAGCCUCCUUUAGGACCCUCCAGCAGCCCCUCGGCCUCUUCACCUCGCUGACUUCAGAUCCCAACA